GCGUAGAAGAUUUGCGCGUUCUGAUCCUCGGACCUCGAGAAAUAUCCCUGCGCUGGCGCCUUGGCGACACCGCGCUGGACACUCUGGAGCAGAUGGGCAGAAGGAAGACAACCAGUGGACGGGAACGCAGACGCCUUGGUGGCGGCGGUAUGUCGGACAGUGGGUACGCCCUCAGUGACGACGACGUGGCCACUGAAGAGCUGAGGGAACAUGUCCACUUCUCU